UCUUUCGUGCCAUCUGACGAAUGCCAACACUGAGGCCGGAUCCCGCGCUGAGUGCGCUCCGCGGCGCGCGCCGGGGCAUGGGAAGGCGGGCCCAAAGCCUGGGCUCGCGCGCGGGGCGCGGCGCCCAGCCGCUUACAGGUGCGUAAAUCCGCGGGGGAAUCCUCGGCUCCACCUGGGCGCGGCGAGGAAAUUGCACCAUGUAUGGGCAACUACGUCAGAAGGGGCUGACCCGCCGCUGUCCUGGGGGACUCCAGGUCCGUCCCUUUCCCCACGACAAGGCGGUCACUGGACUGUAGGAGGCGUAGACAAAUUCAGUGCGGACUGGCAAAAGGCGGAGCGUCUGGGGAGGUGGAGCCCUGAGGUGUCCAGCGCCGUUGAAAAUCGCCCGCUCCCCCCUCCCAAUCGAAGUGGUUCAGCCCGAGAACUUUUCAUUCAUAAAAAGAAAAGACUCCGCGAGGAGCAAGUGAGUCAGAACCGAAGCCGGCGACGCGGACCCCACAAAGCAGCCAGCCAGGGCAUGUUCCGAGACUUCGGGGAACCCGGACCGAGCUCCGGGGCCGGCGGUGCGUACGGCGGCCCUGCGCAGCCCCCCACUUCAGGCCAGCAGCAGCGGCAUCUCACUCUACACAGACCUCAUCCCUGGCUUUCCAUCUUCUAUCCCUCAGAAGUUCCACCUCGUGCCAAGCGUCAAUGCUGUGAGUGGCAGCCAGGAGCUGCAGUGGAUGGUGCAGCCUCACUUCCUCGGACCUAGCAGCUACCCCAGGCCUCUGGCCUACCCCCCGUACAGCCCCCCACAGCCCCGGCCAGGAGUCAUCCGGGCACUAGGGCCACCUCCAGGGGUGCGACGCCGGCCCUGUGAACAGAUCAGCCCGGAGGAGGAGGAGCGCCGUCGAGUGAGGCGCGAGCGCAAUAAGCUGGCGGCGGCCAAGUGCAGGAACCGGAGGAAGGAACUGACCGACUUCCUGCAGGCGGAGACCGAUAAACUGGAGGACGAGAAGUCCGGUCUGCAGCGAGAGAUUGAGGAGCUGCAGAAGCAGAAGGAGCGCCUGGAGCUGGUGCUCGAAGCCCACCGCCCUAUCUGCAAAAUCCCGGAAGGGGCCACGGAGUGCGACACUGGCGGCGCUGGCGGUACCGGCGGCACCAGCAGCCCCCCAGCACCUUCCCGCCCUGUACCUUGUAUCUCUCUUUCCUCGGGGCCCGUGCUUGAACCCGAAGCAUUGCACACCCCCACGCUCAUGACCACACCCUCCCUGACUCCUUUCACCCCUAGUCCGGUCUUCACCUACCCCAGCACCCCUGAGCCCUGCGCCUCAGCCCAUCGCAGGAGUAGCAGCAGCAGCGGGGACCCAUCCUCUGACCCUCUGGGCUCCCCCACCCUCCUUGCCUUAUGAGGCACCCCAGCCCCCCUACGGGCGGGUGCCACUCUAGCCAAUGUCUCCCCACCCACUGGUCCAGCUGGUCUGGACUGUAUCCCAUGCCCAUUCCCAGCAGGCUCUUCUCCAUCCCUCCAGAUGACACUGGGCAUAUUCUGCGUCCUCGCAGAGCCAGCUUGGGGCCAACCAAAGCUACCCACUGUUUUUCCAGAGCUGGCUUCUCUAGCACAAUCUGCACUAAAUCAGAAACAAAAUAUUUCCCGUUUGUGCGAGGGAACUCCUGGCAACCAAAAAGGACUUUGUAGAGCCCUUGAGGUUCUCUAGAGCCCCAAGCCCUUCCAGACAACACCUACAGUCAUCACCCUCUUCCUCUAGUCCACCCAAUCCUGCUCUUCACAGGUGAUACUCUACCAGCCUAGAACACUAACGAACUCACCCAGCCCCACACUGCCAGCAGCAUCAAGUGAUCGAACGAGGGCAUUCUGCUGGCCCCUCCUGAAUGGCAGGAGAGUGCCAGAGUCUUCUGUGAUGAGCCAACCUGCAGCCCCCCAGCUCUGAGAAGACUUCAGCUCCAGGGAAUCCAAGCCUCCACAAGGAAGGCAGCUGCUAUUUAUUUUCCUACAUAGAGUAUUUUUAUACAAACCUACCAAAAUGGAAUAAAAGGCUUGAAGUUCUGGCCUGGUCUCAUUGAACCCAGAGGCAAAAAGGAAAACAUUUGGAAUCAGAAGCCCUAGGCUCCGGUCUCACCUCUACGGACUUACUGCAUGAGUUUGGACAAAUUAUUUGAUAUUUCUGGACCUCAGUUGUCUUAUCUGACGAAUGAGAUUACAUCUGCGCUGCCUCAUCUCCAGGACUGAGGGGAGAAAGAGAGUGCUGUUGGGUGCAAGCCAAAAGGAUUAUCUUCUUCCUCCUGAUGGAGGCCCACAGCGCUCCUGCGCGGACCAUAGGAGGGCGCUGUUACGCCCCUUCCAGCCUCGGGGGAGGCUGCCGACUGGGUUCUAGGCCCCCAACACCUGCUUCCUGCCCCAUUGUCUUGGACAGGAAGGAGCCGGGAAGGGAGCUGGAGCCACUUCAGGGGCCGGAUCACGGCCUGUCCCGAGGCCUAAUGGGGGGAGCCAGGGGCUUACCACGGUCCCACAUCCCGCCCCAGGCUUGAGGUCCUGGGGGAGUCAGCCGCCUUAGUUCUGCAGCCCCUCCGGAUGGCAAUGGUACCCUGUCUCAACGUCCCCGCCCUCGUUCCCACCCCGGCGAGUCCCAAACAGACGCUGCCCAGGCCACGGGCUCUGCUUCCGUUCCAGUUUAUUAGCCCCCACCCCGCCCCCAGCAAGUCCCUCCGCUCCAGCCUCCAGUUCCCCUGCUGCCCCACCAGCGAAAGCGAGGGGCCCUCCUUAGUGCCAGAGUUUCCAAAUCCAUGACAGCGGCCCCUCGUACUCAGGCGGCACGGCGUCCAGGUCCCGAGGUCCACCGCAGUCCCGGCGCUUGGGAAGCAGUCUGGUCGGGCGUCGACGUGAAGGAAGCUGAGCGCUCAGUCAUCUGGGGAGCAGGCGAGGGGCAACUGGUCGGGACUGCCCACGCUGCCGGUGCUGGAGCUUCCAUCGCCUAGGUCGCGGGGCCCGCAGGGAGGCAAGGCGAGCUCGGGUGUCGGCCCGGCGCUUGAGCCCCCAGCGCCGCCGGGGCCGCCUCGGGGGCCCCACUCCUCGCCGAGAGCCAGGCAGAGCUCCUUAAGCGCCAGGUUCUCCCGCAGCAGCUCCUCCUGGCGGCCCUCCAGCUCGGCCAGCUUCUGCCAACAACCGCCCAAGUCCUCGCGCACAGCUCGGGAUGCUUGGGUCCCGAAGAGCUGCCACUGGCGCGCGGCACGCCGCCCGCGCUGGCGCUCGGAGUCCAGGAAGCAGCAGAGGUCGCGCAGCUCACGGUUCUCGGCCUGUAAGCGCCGGUUGAGCUGCUUGAGCUCGCGGAUCUCGCCCAGGUGACCCUGCAGCUGCCGAUUCACCUCCUGCAUGAGGCGGCCGCGCUGCACCAGAGCCGCCAGACGCGCCGCCUCCUCCCGCCGCAGGCGCCGCACCAGCUCUUCCUUGCCCAGCGCCGCCAUCUCCUCGUCCGUCAGCUCCUCCAGGCCGCCCGCCUCGGCCUCCAUGGCUGCUCAGGCCUCUGGAGCAUCGCCUGCCGGCCGCCGCGGCCCAGGAGCCCACGUCGAGCUCGGCGCUCUCGCGGUUGAGCUCCGGCUCCGCGGGCGGCAGGCUGUGCCUGUGUAGCGUAGGCUGCAGCAGCCGCCCGGGGGUGGGCACGCGGCGGGGCGCGCGCCGGGGCGGGGCCGUGUGACGUUAAGGAAGGACAGCCAAUCCACGGAAGGCUCCCCGGAAAGGGGCGGGAUUUGAGCGCAGAAUACAGAGAAAGAGAUUCCCCUUCCCCGCCCACUCCACACCGCUCUGUUACAGACCCUUUUGCGCCGUGGGUCUGAGCGCCACUACCCUCCGCGACAGGUAACCCCAAACUAGGCGCUUGGUACUUCCCAGUUCCAAACUGCCUCAAGUUCUCGCCUAGGCCUCUCAGCUCCUUCUGAGAACCAAGACUCCGACGUCGGCCACAGACUCAUGCCCACUCUCCGACGGAACCCAGACGGUUCUUGUUACCAAAUUUCCUAACUUAGUUCAUACUGGAGAUUCUCCGCUCAAUGAACAUCGCUCCCAGCCCUUCGGAACCCUGAGCCCAAACGUGCCUGACUCAUCCUCAGCCUACACGCUAUUGGAACGUUUCCUGCCCUGGGGGGAGGUGCAUAUAGGGAUUCAUUUAUUCAAUAAACUUUUAUUGUGUGCAAAGCCCAGACAGAAAUAAACUUGACUAAGAUUCUGA